CCAAAAUCAUGUCAACUUCAACUGAAAGCCCGGACACCCCGACCACUUCCCAGCCACUUCUUUCAAAUAAGCAGACGUCCUUCGUAGUCGACGAUUUGGAAGAACGGAUCCGUGAAAGUGCACGGAUUUCCAGCCCGAAACGGGCCGCCGCCGCCGGGCUGCCCGAUCCGAAAAUUCUGGUGGAUCUGGAGACGCAUACCAAGGAAAUUGUAAACAAUAUGGACACUAUGCUUAGGGAUAUGAGAGGUUCCCUUCACGGAAUGUCGGAUCUCACACUGGAAUCCCUGCAAUGCUACAAUUCUGGCGUCGAAAAAGCGUGCGACGAGGCCGAUGCGAACGUCAAAUCCACGUAUGCAAUGCUGGCAAAAGUGGAAGAAGUCAAUCAGUCGAUGGGAAAUGUGCAGAAGCUUGCCGGACAAAUCAAAGAAAUGCGACGACUCGUCGAGCUGUUCGAGACGCUGUUUCAUGGAAGUCUUAAAUAAUUAUAUUCCCCUUGAUGAUAAUUUAUUCAAUUUUUUAUAAUUCUUAUGCUUCGUAUAUUAUUCCCAUUUUCCAAGUAUAUAUGUAAAUAUUUAUUCAU